AGGCUGUGGUACAAUCAGCGGAGAAAUGGCAAUGGGUGGGCUUCCUCAGUCUAUCAUCGUCGCGCGCGCAGUGCACUGCUCAUCCGUGCUCCCUUCUAAAUACAACACGCAAGAUUCAGACACAUUCAAAGCUAAAAUAACCUCCGCCAGGGUAAUCUUAAACCAAGUGGUGCCCCCUUCUCCUCCCGCCGCCCGCCAUACCACACACCCUCCCCCUCUGCGCGAACAAGAGACUGGGAUAGAGCAUCGUGUCAAAGUGUGAGCUCCCGCUCGUGAUAAAAAAACAUUGAGUUUUCUAUCCAAAUAAAUCACGACAAUCGAGUGAUAAAUAGAGAGGAGAAGUCUUUAAUGAUUUGGGAUUGUUGAUAAAAAAAAAAGUGUUGCAGUCAAUUCGUUGUGUAGUGAUACGGAUAUCCAAUGGCUCCACAAAAAACAUCAGUUUCUGCGCGAUGCGCGUGGCGCUCUGCGCCGCAUAAUCUUGCGUAUCAGUGACCGUCAGUCAAUCGUAGAGUCAGUCGUGUUUUCCCUCUAAAAAAAUAAAUAAAUAAAGACGUGAGUACAUUGUGGUGAACGAAUUUGUGUUGGGUAAUCUGUGCAAAACUGAAUAUUAUCCGGUUGUUGAGAAAUAAACAAACGUGGAGAGUUGGUGGAAUAAGUGAGUGCAUGGGGAGCAACGGGUUUGGAGGCAAAUGUUUACCAUGAAAUUUGGGGUGACAUGGUUAUUCAUUGGGGUAGUGAUUUAUCAGUGAAAAUGUCACAGUGUAAACAUUUCGGGUAGUUUUACCCUGGUUCGUUGUAAGAACAAAGUUGUUGUCCUAGCGACGUGGGGAAACGGGGUAUUCAAUUUGUUUUUUUGUGUUUCAUUCAGAGUCUUCGUUACACUUUGUUCCCAUGAUUGUUGGAAUUCCCAUCGAUGCCAGUGGAAUAAUAUUUUGGAGCUGAGGCGGGUGGAAGCUGAGUGAGAAAAAUAGAGGUGGAAGGUGGUGAGGAAAAAAAUAAUACUUAGUGUGUGCAGUGGGGAGGAGAUAUCGGUCUCACCAGCAGUGGUGGUUUUUUGGUGCGACUUUUUGGAGUUGAAUGAAUAAUUAACCUCGCCCGGUGAAUAAUCGAGCUGCUGUGACGGUUGAACGUUAAAUAUUUAUGAUUAAUUUCAGGUGUUCGGGGAAUUAAUUGUGCUCUUGUUGUGAUUUUCAUUGGUAUUUUGGGAAAAUAUUUUUGUUCUGUGUGUUGUGCGGUGGCCAUCAUGGCGAACCCACGGAAAUUCAGUGAAAAGAUCGCCCUCCUCAACCAGAAACAGGCAGAGGAGACGGCUGCUUUUGAAGCUAUUAUGCGUGAGGUUUCGGAUGUCACGAGUCGGGUGGCGUCAGCAAGCAGUUCAGUUGGUGCGAGUCCUACUGGGACUGGUGGUGUCCCAGAGACUCUGUCCGUCAAGAGUGCUGGUGCUAGUCCACCCCAGUCCAGUGGCAGUAAACAUCUUCACAUUAACCUGGGAAAUCAGUACACGGGUGGAGGAUCCCUACCAAAUGUUAACAACACAGUUACAAAGAGAGCACCUACGAAAGAUCCUUCUCCGAACUCUGCUGCUAUUCACUCUAUCGAUCUUAAGACGGCACUAAGUAAUUUAGAAGAAAUGCAGCACAAUCCAAUGAUGUACAGAAGUAACGAUCGAGGUAGGAGUAUGCACGGUGUUGGACCAAUGAGAUCACGACCGAUGGAAAAAAGAUACGAUACAUCACCCUAUAGUGGUACAUACCUGUCACCCCCACUGCCAGACACGUGGAGAAGAACGAAUUCGGAUUCAGCGUUACAUCAGAGUGCCAAUGAGGCCUGUCAGGCCACGUCUCCAAUUCCUCAUCGCAGAGGUAGCGAUGCAUAUCAACAUGCGAUGGGUAACGCCUCUGGGGACAACAGGGAUGGUCAUCAUGGUUUUAUCGAACGACCAAGAUCUUCCUGUGAGAUGCCUCGAGUACCCGGAAUACAUAUAUAUCCAAGCUCACAACCACCAGGUCCCCAGACACCAAUUAGUAACAAUACGGGUUCUCUGCCAGAUCUGAGUAACGUUCACUUCCCCUCACCACUUCAUACACCACUGGAUCAAGAGGAUCACUCCAGUAGUACGCAGUAUAGCAAUCGUAUUCAGUCCGAUGCCACUUCCAUAGAUUUACCGAAGAGUCCUCAAACGGGCAGUCCUACGACCUUGUCGCCAACCAGCUUGGCACAAGCUGGGAGGCUAUCCUUUUCACAGGAACACAGUCCACCAGCCGCCCAAAACCAUUUAUCAGUGCCUGUUAACUCUAGGUUUCUCCAUACAUGUAAGGGUGUGGCAUUGGAGAAUAGCACAAGUACUUCGCAACAGGAUCUACAGUCCUACGGGCAAACGCCUGCUCAACCACCACCUUCUGCGUCACACAGUCCUGCUCACCAUUACAUUUAUCAACAGCCACACAGUCCAGUGCCACCACAAAGUCCCAAAACCUCGCAACCUCAACAUCAACAACAGCUCAAUUCCCUCGGUUCGUACAGGACAAAUCAGCCAGUGAGACCCUCCCCCCAGUCAUCUCCUGGAUUAACAGUUCAAGGGAGCCCUCUGAGCUACAGUAACAAUCCAUCGGCACCACCAAGUCCCACAGGCCAUCCCGGACCACCCAGCCUCACGUCGGACAGCAUAGACCAAAACAGCUACUUCAUUAAUCAGGCACAGGCCGCUGCACUCCAACAGACAUUUGAGCAGUUUAAUAUGAUGGAUUCAACGGUGGACCCCAACAGCAUUAGUUCGUACAUUGGCUCGACGAACGAGACGUCGAGCUACAGCCAGAAUGAUAUGAUUAAUGUGGGCGGAGAAUUGGGUAGUAGUGACGGAGGAUACUACAGUACGAGUCCUCAGAUGGCAUAUCAACCGAGGACACCAACUACGACGCAACAAUUGACGCCUCAGACACCCAAUACACCUACAAUUAUACUGACAGAUUUUUCGGGGACAGAUGACCUAACGAGUCCAGAGUUUGCCAAGGACUUGGGCUCAUCGAUGUCUGGUGAGUUUGAUCCAGAUUUAUUUACAUCGGACGAUGCCCUGAGACAGGGCCUCGGACCCAUUGACCUGGACGGUCUACAGAUGCUCACCGAUCCUGAUAUGGUGAUAUCAGAUGCUAAUGCCGAAGAUCACUUUAGGCUAGAUCGUCUUUAAACAAUUAUUUUUAUUUAGCUAGAGAGAUAAUCAUUUGCAAAGCAUUUUUCCAAUUCCAAAAGCAUGAAAUAACGUUUAUGAGAUAAUUGAAAUUAUCGUCGACUCAUAUGUGGAUUCAAUUCACCUGCUCCAUAUUUUUCUCUCUUAGGAUAAAUUGUUAUUUUAUCCUGGUGUUGUUGGAUUUUAAUUCGAAACGAGGACAAUUUGAUUGACAUUAUUCGAUAAUGCUUCGGAUGAAUUUAUUCAGUCUAUUUUUGACAAAUUUCUGCGAUUGAUUUCUAUGAGGGGAUUGAGUUAUUUGUGGUUCGAUUUAGUUCUGGAUAUAUCUACCGUUGGGGUAGACAAUUAUACAGGGACGACCGACUGAUUGAUUUAUUACAGCGUUUGUUAAUUACUCAACAAUUUGGAAUUUAAUAUUGGAGUUUUUUAAAAAAGUUUGAAAUUUUGUUGAUUAUUUUUCCCACCCAAAUUUCAGCCAAUAGAAUUGCACCAUUUGUUGAUAUUUUGUAUAGCCUACCUCGAAUAUCAGCGAUAAUUUUUUGAAUAUUUUGGUAAACAAACGACACUUAACCAAAUAAACCUCUUUUCAUGUCAUGGCACAAUUCUCUUGGCCGAAAUUUGGAUAGGAAAAAUAAUCCCCUGAAUACCACUCGAGCUUCAAAAUUAUAGAAUAUUUCCCUCUAGGUUCCCUGCAUACAAAUGAAGUCGUCAAGUUUUUCAGGAAAAAUCACUCGUGCUUCGCACUCGUGAUUUUUUAGCCUGAAAAACUUGACUCCUUCAUUUGUUUGCAACGAAUCUAUCGGGAAAUAUUCGAUAAUUUUGAACCACUUGUGGUAUUAUAUGUGAUUAUUUUUCCCAUCCAAAUCUUGGCCAAUAGGAUUGCACCAUUCGACGUUAUUUUGUAUAGUCAACACGGUAUUUCAGCGGAUAUUCUUGGAAAUUUCACUGGAAAUUUUGCAUGUUGAUAUAUAUAAAAAAAAACAAAUGUUGAAGUAACCCUCAAUUGUAUCUGACAGAUUAAUGGCAAUUCGUUGAAAAUUAUGUCUCAUGGUGCAAUUCUAUCGGCCAAGAUUUGGAUGCAAAAAAUAAUCCCCCGAAUACCACUCGAACUUCGAAAUUAUCUGAUAUUUCCCUCAAGGUUCCCUGCAAACAAAUAAGCUUGUUAAGUUUUCCAGAAAAAUCACUCGCGCUUCGCGCUCGUGAUUUUUAAACUGGAAAACUUGACACGUUCAUUUGUUUGCAACGAACCUAUCGGGAAAUAUCCGAUAAUUUCGGAGCUCUUGUGGUAUUACAUGCGAUAAUUUUUUCGUAUGGUGAAAUGAAAUUGAAUUGUCAAAUUCUGGGGCAUAAUAAUCUUAUCCAAAGACGCAUUAUCUUGCGUCUUGAACAGUUUCAAUUGUCAAUGAAAAUUAAAUAUAUAGCAAGAUGCUAAAAUUUAGAAGUGUACAAUUUCAAUCGAUAUCUCCAUAAUUGAAAAUACGUGAAAAACUCUACUCCUCAUUCAAUUCAAUUACAGAAAUUAUGACUGUUAUAUUUCUUUGUGCCUCCGUUUGAAAAUUUUUCAUCUAUGCAACAAAUUAUUUGAUUUGUUAACGAUUGAGUUGAUUAGCAUACUUGAAAUUUCAUCGUCGUUAUAAAAAAAUUUAUCAAUUCUUUUUUUAUUUUAUACUACUUUGUACAUUGUAUCAUAAUAUGAUCUCUAAAAAUGCACAAAAGAGUGAAAUUAUUAAGAGUAAAGAUUAGUGAAUGACAAUGUAUAAGGGAAACAUUGAGAGUCAAAGCAUUCAAUUAAUCCAUUAAACUCAAUUUUCUCAUAAAUAUGAAUAAGUGACUGGAUACUGUAGAUAAAGAUUUUCUUUUCUCAAAUUUUACAUAUUUUUCCUCUGUUCCACUUCUUGUUUCAUCUUUGUUCUGUUUUUUUUUGUGAGUAAGAAGAGAUUUAUAAAUUGUGAUUCGCCUCGAGGCAUUCAAGUAUACAGAUAUACAGAGACAAGUUAAAUAUAUAUAACUGUUGGAAGGAAAAGGAUUGAUGUUGAGAGGAACAUAAGAAGAAUUUAUUCGACACUGAAUUUGUGCCCGAAGGAGCACGUUUCGUAGUCAAUACUUUUUUAAAAAUUACUUUCCCUUUGUACGCUACUCGUCAAUGUUUUACACAGAAACGGAUUUUGUUGCAAAAAAUAAAUCUCAGUCGUUUCUUUACAUAAUUUCUGUAUAAUAUUUUAAAAAUCGCAAGUUAUUGUUAAUUAGAAAGUUGACGAGUCCAUUCUAUCGUUCAGUGAAAUGAGGAGACAAUAUAGUAUUCCAUUUCUUGUCCGGAAAAUUUUUUAUUUACACCAACUGCUUUCUUCUUUCCAUUGAAUUGCGAUAAUACAGGCCUUCGGCACGCUGUGAUAAUUAAUUGUUGUUAUCUGCAUAUCAUUUCAAUCUUCUUACAAUUUUAACGGGGGAAGUUAAUAAGGAAGUUCAUGUUAAGAAUAUCAGUGGAGAGCUAAGGCAGAUUCAUUUAGAAAACUGCCACCGAAAAAAACCGUAGCGAUGACGCAAUAAUUUAAUUAUCUUUUUUUCUCAUCACAAAAUCAAUAAUUUGUUUUCUCGUGUGGUGUUCCUUGAGUACAGAGGGUUCUUGUAAAAAUUCCUUAUGAAUUUACGGCGAUAAUUAUGGAGCGAAGAUUAGGAUAAUACAAUGGAAUGGUAAAGGUCAUGGGGAACAAUGAGGAAAAAAUAACAAUGAAAAAUUGAAUCAUAAUAAAUAUAAAUUUGUGGCACGUAUUGGGGCUCUCGCCUGUACCCUCCGCAAUUGUCAAUUGAUUUUUUGAAAGUAAUACUGUACUUUAUACACAUUUGAAUAGUUGUUAAUGAAAUAAUUGUCGGUGAGUUGAAUGAUCCUUUCUGGAAGAAAAGGCCCGAGUAGGUUUUACUAAGAAAAGAAUGUUUUUAUCUACACAAUCUCGUAAUUUUCAAAUAUUUAUCCAAAUGGGGGGAGGGGGGGAGAAAUAUUAGGAAAUUUCAUGUUCUAUCAUUAAGAAAAAUUUGAUACAAGUGUAAGUGAGCGGAUGAAUUUUUCAGUUGAGAGAUUAAUUUGAAAAUUCAGUUGAAUAAUUUAUUUGAUUUGUGAAAUCAGAUAGUCCAUUUUUCUCUUCCCUUAAUCUCAUUGUGAAUUCUGCUAAGCAGUUGACAGUUGAAAGACUAAACUGAAAGGCAAGAGGGAAAAUUCAGGAAAAAUAGUAAUAGUUCUGUGAGAGCAGUUUCCAGUUGUUUUAAUUGAAUUCUCAGUGUUCGGAAGUAGUGCCAAAAAAUAAGAGGUCUGCGAAUUCCGGAGGGAUUGGGAGGUAAUGUGGUAUUCUAUUCACUUAGAUUUUAUUUUUUGUUGAUCCAGCGCAAAUGUUUAGUACUUAAACAAGUGGGGGAUUAGGUAAAUGGAAGGGUCUUCAUCGAAUAGGGGUCUAAAUAUCACGGAACCACUACAAAAAAUAUUAUUCACCAUUGUAUCUCUUUAAAAAUGACUAACUAGUACGAAAAAAAAUGCACUAUCCGCGGUAACACGGUAACAAAUUAAUUACUUUUUACAUAAUAAAAUCCCUGUAAUGAGAGAGAAUUACACAGCAAUAUGUCUGUGUAUGAUAAAGAGACCAAUAAAAUUGGACCCCAUACCAAUUGCAAUGGUUAUGUAUUAUGUACCGUUAUAUUUAGACCAGAUAAUAUCGUUCAGACCAGACACAUGAGAAUGAGAUUCGAACUGGGAGCUAGGACAUGAAAUGCUAAUGAAUCGAAACACUAGUCUUUAUUGCCUUUCUUGCAAUGAAAUUUGUUCAAAGUGGAAUCAGGAGAUAAAAAUAGUUAUAUUUACUCAAUUUAUUCUUCAUUUUAAUGAAUAGAUUCGGUAUAAUUUUUGGAGUUUUUUCAGUUAUCUCCUCAUACCACAGAGUAGACAGAAUUAUUCUUGUUGAAGAAUUAUUGUUUUUACAAUGAAAGGGAGAAAUUAGAAAGAGUAGAGAGGGUGAAAAGAACCUCACGAUCUAGAAAAUGACUAGAGGAGGAGAGAAUGGUUUUUAUUAUCUGUUACUUGUUUCAUUAUUUUAUGAAUCAAGAUUGCGGGAAGAGGGAGACAGAAAAUUAUUGUAAUUAUUUGUAAAUAGUCGACGUUACGUGUGGAUAAAACAGCCAGAAUUUUUAGAUGAAUCCCGGAAAAUCCUUGUGAUGUGGGGAUAAUUGUCUCAUAUGAUCAUGAAUGAACAACAUUUACUCAAACAUCGAUUUUCAUAGUUAAACAGCAUAAAAUGACGAACCAAGAAAAUACGGAAGAAAUGUUGAAAAAAAUAAUAAUCCAAGUACUAAACAAUUUUUCUUCCCAAUUUGUCCAUUAAAAAAUGCAUGAUUAAAUCACAUUAAAGUCAUUUUAAAUAAAGCCUUGCUGACGAUAACUGAAAAUUUAAUAAUUCAAUUCAAUAAAUUUAAUAAAUAAAAUUCCAAUGUCGUUCACGCGCGAAUUCAAAUAAUCUUGUAACAAUGAAAAUAAUAAAAAUAUAUUUAAAGAAUUCGCAAGUCAUGAGAGACAAUGCGAGGUGACUUUUUCAAAUUUUUCUUACAUUCUGAUAUUCGAUGUUGACGUCAUUAGAUUUUAAUAAUUAAAAACGAGCAUUAAAUAAUUAAUUGGCCAGAUCAUCUUCUCUAUAAUAAAAACCAAGUAUGAAAAUGGAAAUAAUUAAUUGAGAAAUUAAACAAACGGACUCGCCGUAUCGAUGGAAAUUUAUUCGUCAAAUUCUGGUUACGAAUGGUACAUGGGAAAGUGUAUAUCCAUCUCGGUAAUAGCUCUCUAAUAAUUAUCCGUCUCUUUUCAAUUCCCACCAUCCCUCCCCCCUCCUCCCGAGCCCCUUUCACCCUUUAUACAAUUGAAAAAAUAAUCCAAAACUACAAAUUAAAUGACUAAACAAGAACAUACAAACGUUGUAAAUAAUAUUCCUCUCACGCAUUGUGUAAUAUAAUAGUUUAUACAUUUAUUAGAAUAACUGUAACGCUCGAACUGGGGGAGAAUGACGAGAAACGAGUGAAAAAAAAAGAAUAAUAUUAAAGUACGACAAUUGUAAAUGCGCACAAAUUACUGAGAAAAUAUUGAGGAAAACAUGAAAGAAGUGAUAGUGUCAGCUGAGAGAAUAAUUAUUGGAUGAAGUCGAAAAACCUGGAUGUAUAUCUCAUUAAAAUCGAUAGAGGAAUAAAAUGAAAAUGGGUAUGUGCAAUGAGAGUGGUCGUUCUACUGUGCCAUGGAUGAGAGAGGAACAGCACAUUAAAUGUUAAAGGAAAAUAGAAUAAACCGAGAGCGAUGGAAAAAGAAUAAAUUCAAUAAUAAAUUGAACAAAGACAAAAAAUAGGACACCAUAAUGAAAACUCUUUAUCCGCUUUGUUUUCAUCCAAUUGUCAGAAUUUUUAUCCCCUUUUUUUCUAAGAAAAAAAACCGUUCUAUCGCAUAAUGAAAAGUUUAAUAAAUAGUUAAUCGGACAUUUUUUAGAGUUUAAGGAGAAGUUAGAAGGGAAAGAGAAUGAAAAUCCAAUGUUUUUUAGAAAAUUUUGUAAAUAAUCAGGCUCUAUUAAAUUGUCGUUAAAUAUCAAAAGAA